AUGACUUGCACAGUGAAAUUUACUGGGACAUCCGUUCUACUGCUUUUUGUGCUCAUUCAGAUUGGAGAUUUUUACACCAACAUCGACAUGACUAGCUAUGGUUGUGAAGAGUGCAAACUCAAGGAGAACCACAUCUUUUCGACGCCCGGCGCCCCUGUCUAUCAGUGCAUGGGCUGUUGCUUUUCCAGGGCAUACCCCACUCCUCUGAGAUCCAAGAAAACCAUGUUGGUCCCAAAGAACAUUACCUCGGAGGCCACAUGCUGUGUUGCCAAAGAAGUCAAAAGGAUAAUUGUUGAUAACGUGCCACUUGUGAAUCACACAGACUGCCAUUGCAGCACCUGUUAUUAUCAUAAGUCUUAG